AAUCCUGAAUUCAAGAUUUUGAGUCAUUUCAAAAUCUUAGCUUUCCAAAAUCCUAAAUUGAAGAUUUGGCCCGAUUUCAAGAUCUUAGCUUGCCAAAAUCCUGAAUUUAAGAUUUUGGCUGAUUUCAAGAUUUUAGCUUACCAAAAUCCUGAAUUCAAGACUUUGGCCGAUUUCCAGAUGUUACCUUUCCGAAAUCCUGAGUUCAAGAUUUGUGCGAUUCAAGAUUUUUGCUUUGCAAUAUCCUGAAUUGAAGAUUUUGGCCGAUUUCAAGAUAUUAUCUUUCGGAAAUCCGGAAUUAAGCAUUUUGGCCGAUUUUAAGAUUUUACCUUCCCAAAAUCGUAAAUUCAAGAUUUUAACCGAUUUCAAGAUCGUAGUUUUUCAAAAUGCUGAAUUCAAAAUCUUGGCCGAUUUCAAGAGCUGAGCUUUCAAAAAUCCUGAAUUCAAGAUUUUGGGCAAUUUCAAGAUCUUAGGUUUCAAAAAUCCUGAAUUCAAGAUUUUGGCCGAUUUCAAGAUCUUAGCUUUCCAAAAUCCUGAAUUCAAGAUUUUGACGAAUUUUAAGAUUUUAGCCGAUUUCAAGAUUUAAGAUUUCAAAAAUCCAGGAUUCAAGACUUAGGCCGAUUUCAAGAUCUUAGCUUUCCCAAAUCCAGAUUUCAAGAUUUUGGCCGAUUUCAAGAUCUUAGGUUUCCAAAAUCCUGAAUACAAGAUUUUUGCCGGUUUUAAGAUUUUAGCUUUCCCAAAUCCAGAUUCCAAGAUUUUGGCCGAUUUCAAGAUCUUAGCUUUCCAAAAUCCUGAAUCCAAGAUUUGUACCGAUUUCCAGAUAUUAGCUUUCAAAAAUCCUGAAUUCAAGAUUUUGGGCGAUGUCAAGAUCUUAGCUUUCCAAUAUCCUAAAUUGAAGAUUAUGGCCGAGUUCAAGAUUUUAUCUUUCCGAAAUCCUGAAUUAAGCAUUUUGGCCGAUUUUAAGAUUUAACCUUUCCAAAAUCGUGAAUUCAAGAUUUUGGCCGCUUUUAAGAUCUUAGCUUUCCAAAAUCCUGAAUUCAAGAUUUGUGCCGAUUUCAAGAUUUUAUCUUUCCAUAAUCCUGAUUUCAAGAUUUUCAGAGAUUUCAAGAUCUUAGCUUUCCAAAAUCCUCAAUUCAAGAUUUUGGCCGAUUUUAAGAUCUUUGCUUUUCAAAAUCCUGAAUUCAAGAUUUUGGCCGAUUUAAAGAUCUUAGUUUUCCAAAAUCCUAAUUUCAAGAAUUGUGCGGAUUUCAAGAUUUUAGCUUUCCAAAAUUGUGAAUUCAAGAUUUUAGCGGAUUCCAAGAUCUUAGUUUUUAAAAUCCUAGAUUCAAGAUCUUGGCCGAGUUCAAGAGCUCAGCUUUCCCAAAUACUGAAUUCAAUAUUUUGGCCGAUUUCAAGAUCUUAGCUUUCCAAAAUCUUGAAUUCAAGAUUUUGGCCGAUUUCAACAUCUUAGUUUUCCAAAAUCCUGAAUUCAACAUUUUGGCUGAUUUCUAG